ACUUAGACGCGCGUCCAUUGUGCAUUUACCGACGUUACCGUUAUCGCUCUUAGGAGCACACUCCUCGCGAGUAGGACAACACUUAAAGCGACGCAGGCUUACUUUGACACACACAUAAAAACAAUUUCGGUGCGGAUUGUACCAGAGUUGGUCAGUCGGUAUCUGGCGCUAAAUGUAGCUAGAUGUAAUUCUUCACUGCCAAAAUUUCGGUGAUAGAUACUUUUUUGAAAAGAAACCAAUAUGGCGCUGAUGCUCAAGUCAGCACUGUCAAGUUACCAUAGGUUUAUUAAUGAUCAAGCUGAUGAAAGGACAACGCAUUGGUUCUUUGUUCACUCGCCUCUACCAGUGGUAACAUUAUUAGCUGGUUAUCUAUUGAUUGUCUGCGACGUUGGUCCCAGGUUUAUGAAAAACCGAAAGCCUUACAAUGUGGAUCGAUUAAUGAUUGCUUACAAUCUGUUUCAAGUGUUCAUGUGUGGAGUUGUUGUCGUUAGGUUAGUUCCAGAGGUCUGGAAAGCGGAUUUCUUCUGUGAAGAAAUCAACUAUGACAAGGAUGCUGCUGGCAUGUCUGUCCCCAUUACCACAUACAUUAUUUAUUGGUUAAAAAUAUGCGAUCUAUUAGACACAAUAUUUUUUGUUCUGCGUAAAAAAUACAACCAAAUAACUUUCCUCCAUGUGUACCAUCACACAAUCAUGGUAUUCUACGUGUGGUUGUGUUUGAAAUACGUCGCUGGAGGACAAAUGAUUUACUUGGGAUUUAUCAAUUCCUUUGUUCAUAUGGUUAUGUACUUCUACUACAUGAUGACUGCCUACAAUCCUGCGUACAAGAAGAGUCCAUGGUGGAAGAAGCAUAUCACACAACUGCAAUUGGUGCAGUUUUUUAUGAGCUCAGUUUAUAUGACAAUGCCACUCACUCAGAAAGACUGUAAUUACCCGAUUGCGGUGCCACUUAUGGUCCUGCCUCAGUUGUUUGCAAUCACCGUCCUUUUUGCAGACUUUUAUUACAAAACCUACAUUAGAUCUAAGCCAACCAUUAAACCCCUUGAAGUACAAACUAAUGGAAUAUCAAAAGCGUCAAAAAAUGAAUAGCAAAUUCCAGAGUACAAAAUGGUGUUCCUAGCAUAAUGAACAAAAACAAAAUGCAUUAACACAGACAAAAAAUCAUGGCAACUAUAUAUAACCCAUACUCUCAUUGUCAUAAUAAGCAAACAUUAUUCUACCAAGUUUAGUUUUGGUACAAAAUGUAUAUUAUUGUAUUAAUUUUAAUUAAUUGUGUUUUAACUAUAUUUGCGUCUCUACAAUCUUACCUCCCUGAAAAGUUGCAAUCCAGUGAAUGUCUCUUGCAUCUGAUUUCAAUUGCAAUACCCAAAACUGAA